AUGGGGAACCGGCAGACGGCACCGGCUGCGCAGCAUCUAGUUGGGGGACCAAAAACAUUUUACCUCGUCUCAGGUAGGCCAACUAUCCGCUACAUUGGUCAGCCGCCUAUCACAGGUCCGCUCAUCUUCCACCUUGACACCGAUCAAGUGGACGAUGCUGAAGGGGUUGACCGCGCUGAGACGAUUCAUCUUCCAGUGGCCGUUCCGUCACGGCAGUCGUUUAGGCUGACGCAAUUUGACCCGAAGAACAAGGAGGCCGGGUUUUUGCUUUCGUUUUCGAUUACCAUGUUGGAGCCGGGGCGGACGCUUCGGGUGCUUGCCGGCGUGGAUAUUGAGUACCACGUUGGAGAAGGGGUGUUGUUGAUGCAAUCGGAGCGAAGUCAGAACCCUUUUUGUUUGUUUGAGUAUGUCUCACCAGAGGAGUUCCAGGAGGAGAUUGUGGUUAGCGAACCUCUACACAUUGAGCGGCUGAGGAAGGCAAACUUCAGAUACGCAGAGAACAGGGUAAGGCGGCUGGUGUACGCACCUAUUGCUAUUGAGCUUUUGUACGAGGCACCUGCGGAUGAGGCUCUUUCUUACCCUCAACACGCUCUCAGCGCAAGCAAUGCUGUUCCUGUCUCCAUCUCAAGGCGGGAGUGUGGGGCUGACGGGAACCGCCUCAGUGCCGCCUGUUGCACAUCCUCACCCCCAUCCACGGUGAGGAUAGCGCAAUACACCUUUCUCAACAUUCCCGACGGUGUACGAGGGCAUACAACGUUGCCGUUUCUGCCACAAGGUGAAUCCUCAGAGAGAGAAACGCGGCCGGUCUAUGAGGCAAAGAUGGUGCAGCAGUUGCUGCAGCACGGCACAGAAGUAUACGAGUUAGCUGACGUGUAUGACCUUGGUGGCGACUACAACACUAUCGAUAGCAAUGGUGAAGAGGAGAUGGAUCUCUGCGUUAUUUGCCUGACAAGUGCCAGAAACACAACAAUUUUGCCGUGUCGCCACAUGUGUCUUUGCCACGAGUGCGCCAGCGUGUUGCGAUUUCAACAAAGCAACUGCUGCCCUGUUUGCCGCGCCAAUAUUGAGCGUGUCAUGACAAUUUGA